CCUUGAUUGUUCUCACCUGUCCCUCAUUAUCUGUUGCCUGUGUCUAUAUAUAGUCCUUGUAUUCUUGUUUCUUGUUGCGUCUUCGUAAUUACAUGUUACCUGAUGGCCCAAGAAACACUUUGGCAUCUGUCCAUCCUUCUGCUAAACCAGUGGAGAGGAAUUCAGUGACUCUGGCCUGCAGCAGUGAUGCCAACCCAUCAGCACAGACCUACACCUGGUAUAAAAAGAGAGGAGAUCAAUCUUCACGAGUUGGAUCGAAUCAAAAUAUCAGCUUUGCAAGCAUCAGCUCUGAGCAGAGUGGACUCUAUUACUGUGAGGCUGGGAAUGAGAUUGGACAGAACAGAUCUCCAGUGGUACAGAUCAGUGUAACAUAUGUACCAAAAAAUACCUCAGUAUCAGUCCAUCCCUCUGGUGACAUAGAAGAGAGCGACUCAGUGACUCUGACCUGCAACAGUGAUGCCAACCCACCAGUGCACAACUUCACCUGGUACACUAACAAGCUUGGGUCUGAGUCUGCAUGGAUCGGUCAAGAACAGAGCUACAAUAUCCUUAACAUCAGCACUGAGCAUACUGGAUCUUACUACUGUAAGGCAGAGAAUAAACGUGGAGCCAGCAGUUCCAGUGGCACAUUUUUGGAUGUGUACUACUCCCCCAGGAAUACCCUGGCAUCACGCAGUCCUUCUGGUGACCUUCAAGAGGGCAACUCAGUGAAUCUGACCUGCAGCAGUGAUACCAACCCACCAGUGCACAAAUACAUCUGGUACCGGACGACCGGAGAUGAAACAGUUCUUCAGGGCACAGGGAGGACGCUUAACCUCACUCUUCAUCUUGUCUCUGGUGUAGAGGGACUCUAUCACUGUGAGGCACGAAAUAAGGUCGGCUCCAAGAACUCAACCGGAGUCAGGGUCUCCUUCGCAGGUUCUGGCUGGCAGGGAAGAAUACUGUAUCCUGCUCUGGGGGCCAUCUUGGCUGCAGCCCUCCUACUGGUGGUCAUUGCCUGCUGGAGGAGACAGAAGACCAACUCAACCAAAACCUCAAGGAGGGCCCACAGCAACACACAGGGAGACUCUGAUCCUGUGUACGAUGACGUCUCCACAGUCCCCAAGGCCCGCGGCGCUGGCCAGAGAGUCGCAGCGCACCAUGAGGAGGAGGAUGAGGUUCAGUACGCCAGCGUCCAUUUCACGCCCAACAACAAGCAGUAUGUGCCUAGCCAGAAGGAGGAUGUCCAGUAUGCCAGUGUCAAGUUCAAGACCAACAACAAGCAGGAGGUGCUUAACCAGGAGGAGGACAUCCAGUACGCCAGCGUCGAGUUCAAGACCAACAACAAGCAGGAGGUGCCUAGCCAGGAGGAGGACAUCCAGUACACAGAGCCAGUCGUCCCUGAGAAACCUUCGCCUGGCACGCCAGAGGAGGAGACCCAGUAUGCCUCAGGUGAAAAGCUGUUGUUGACUGAGAUGUUCACUGUCCACAGAACCGGGGAUGAGUUUGCAAUCUACAGCACUAUCAACAAGAAACCUGAACCAUGA